AUGCCUGCUACAAUCCCACAAAACAACUUUGACUCAAUCCCCGACUCGAUUGAGGCUUUCCGAAAUGGAGAGUUCCUUGUCGUUCUCGACGACCCCUCGCGCGAGAACGAGGCCGAUCUGAUCAUCGCUGCUGAAGAUGUGACAACCGAAAAGAUGGGCUUCCUCAUCCGCCACUCUUCUGGUUACGUCUGUGUUCCUCUCUCUCCCGAACUCACCAAAUCUCUCGAUCUUCCCCAGAUGGUCCCCAACAACCAGGACCCCCGAGGCACCGCCUACACUAUUUCCGUCGACUCAGCAGACCCUUCUGUCACCACAGGAAUCAGCGCUACCGACCGUGCUCUCGCCUGCCGAACCCUCGCCGACCCCAAAGCCCGUCCCGAUAGCUUCCGUCGCCCCGGUCACGUCCUUCCUCUGCGAUCUCGCCCUGGUGGUGUUCGACAGCGACCAGGUCAUACCGAAGCUGCCACUGAGUUCUGUCGAUUGGCCGGUAAGGCCCAGGCUGCGGCUAUUUGCGAAAUCAUCGAUGAUGGCGAGGAGACCCCAGGCCAAGCUCUUGUCCAGAACCAUGGCAUGUUGCGAGGAGAGGCCUGUAUUACUUUUGCCCGCAAGUGGGGGUUGAAGGUCUGCACUAUUGCUGACCUCGUGGCUUACGUUGAGAAGACCGAGGGAAAGCUCGAGUCCAAUGGUGCUGAGACCGAGGGUAACUAA